CAUUGGAUGCUGCGUGAUAUGGCUUCAAAUGCCUAACCUGUUAUAACGUACUUACUCCUUAACAGCACACAAACGCAAUAACUACAGACUAGUAACUCCGCCUGCGUAUAGUCUUGCUAUGUCACAAAUUCUGUCCCUUUUCGCAAGGUAGAGUGCGCCGAAUAAUAAUAAAAGAGCAACACGCAUCCGGUUGGAUUCGAGAGAGAGAGAGGAGGGGAGAGGGAGAGAGAGAGAGAGAGAGUAACACAGAAGAGGGGGACGAGGAAAGGCGAAGGUUUGCCGUGCGUUGCGGGAGUAGACUUGGUAUUUUGUUCGUACCAUCACGCAUCAAAGGAAUAAUGAGGAACAUUUGGAUAAUGUUGACCCUUGGCAUGGCGGCCUUUCUUACGGGGGAAAGGACACUUGUGACGGCACAGUCUCCAGCUCCCGGGGACGACUUGUACCUGGAUGACCAGCAGUCAGGAGAUUAUCCUGUAGAUGAUGACGAUUUUAACUCUGGAUCUGGUUCAGGCAUUGGUGAGACCCCAGAAGAAAUGGCCACUGUGAAAACGCUGUACAUGACUCCAAAAGCUGAGCCUACUCAGGACUCCACGAAAGAUUUCACACCACAAGUGGAGACGGACACAUCCAGAGAAACAUCCAGAAAACCCAUCAGGACAGAGGCCCCAGUGCCACAGACAGAGGAGCCUCGAAACAGAAUUGAAGCCACAAGCACCACCAGCCCCCCUCGCUCCGCCGUGGAGCCAUUCGAAGUGCGCUCGGAAAAUCUUUUCCAGAGAACAGAGGUCUUGGCAGCGGUUAUUGCUGGUGGAGUGAUUGGUUUCCUGUUUGCCAUCUUCCUCAUCCUGCUCUUGGUUUAUCGCAUGAGGAAGAAGGAUGAAGGCAGCUAUGACCUUGGGGAGCGCAAGCCUGCUGGAGCGGCCUAUCAGAAGGCCCCCACCAAGGAGUUUUACGCAUAAAACACCCCCUUCUGAAGAAUCACAAUUGCAACCUGAAAAAUAAUCAUAAAACAAAAGAUAGACACUUUGGUAUUGUUGACAAUGACAAACUUGUUCAAAUAAGGUAAAAUACAAAAAUGGUAUUAUUGGGGAAAUGUUACAUCAAGGAAAGCUUUUGCAUAGAGUAAUGUAAUUACCUUUUCUUUAAUUUCUCUUUUUUAAUAAAAUACCCAACAGGGUUUAUUUUAUGAAAGAUCUCAUUGUAUUUAAACACUUGUGUAUUAUUUUAAGAGGUGAAAAAGAAAGAAACAGUUUUUAAAGAAAAGGAAAUUGAUGGCAUAUUUCAAAAAAGCUGUUUUAGUCACUGACUACUUUUUAACUGUAGCAGUAUGUAUUUGUAAAGAAAAAUUUAAAGUGGAAAUAAUUGAAUAUAAUUGUUCUGUAUCCUUUUUUCUUUCUCAUUUUGUCAUAGCAUGUCUGAAAUUGAUCUUAAAGGUGUAUUUCAUUAAUUUAUCUGUUUUCAGAUGUUAAAAUUGCCUUUCUGUAGUUUUCAUGAAGCUGUACUGUCUUCAUAUUAACUCAGAUAACAGCUAAUGUAAAUGGUAUUUUUCCCUUCAGAUUACAGUUUUGUCUUGUUUUCAUAAAAUUAGAAAAACAUUUCACAAUUUAAAUAUUUUGUUUUGUUUUAUCUUAAUGUAGUUGUAGAUUAGUACAAAAUGCAGCAUACAAAGUUAACUCAUCUUAAAGAUGAAAAUGCUCAAAGUAGAAGUCUGAUCUUUACACCUGGGUACGACGUAUGGAUUUGACUCAGUGAGAUUUGAUUUUUUAAAAAGCGGUACGUUUUAUUGCUUUCCUGAUUCGUGCUCUUGCUGAACAUGUGAGUGGGCCGGGUGUGAACCCAUCAGGCCCUACCCCCAUUGCUGAAUCUCAUUGGGCCAUCUCAUUCCUCUUUGUAACUUCCUCCUCAAAGAGUUGCCAAUGCAAAUAGAGUGUGUGUGCCCUCAGUGUUUUUGGUUUGCUAUGUCUGCAGAUGAGCAGAUGGAAAGCUCUUUUUGGCUGUCUUAUUGUAGAAGUUUGACUGAUGUUUCACUGGGUGCAACCUGACCUUUAACAAUGUAAUUAUGUCCCAGUAAACAAAAUGACUUUGAUCAGGCCAAAGGGGACCAGUUGCAUUUUCUUUUUUUCUUUCUUUUUUUUUUUUAGGUCAGCAGGUCUUUGUCCGUGGUCUCAGUCCAUAACCUCCAUGGUCAAAGACUGAGGGAGUUUAAUUUGGGCUACUGCUUGGCUAAUUCCACCAAGUAAAAAUUUUAGCACACUUCACCGGAGCUAUCUGUUACCACCUCCAGUAGUCAGGGAAAACUUGCGUCCUCUGAAAUCCCGAAAUAUUUCCUUACAAAUAUGAAAACCUACAAAACUUCCCCCUCAAUUUUUAUUUUAUUUUUUAUGGGGAAAAACAGGAAGCUACCUGAACAUGAGUUACGUAAACUAAAUCAUGUCAUUUGAGUUCUCUACUGGAUGCUGCACUUCCCUGCCACUCCCCCCGCCCACACACCCCACCCCCACCCCCCAUCUCUUCACAUGGUACUGAGGGAAGAACAGUACUGAAAAGGAUUAGCAAACCCAAAGACUUACAGUAUUCUCACCAUUGCUGCAUAUUCCUAUGGCCACAUUUCAAAUUUGUUUCUGUUGGUCUUUUUUAGUGUUUUGUUUUUAUUAGAGACCUGACCAUUGAGUCCAACUGCUUAAUAGUGUAUGAAACAAAAAAAUAUAUAUAAAUGUAUAUUCACAAAUGUUUUAAGCCUUUGAAGUGCCUACCAUUCGGAAAUGUGCUUGUUCCUGUCUGGGUAUGAAGAGCUAUGUACAACAGCACGGUGAAAUAGCUGGUACUUUAUAAGCACAGGUGACUGUAUGGUAACUUUUUUAGUCUUACAAAAAAGCAGACAGUAUUGUAUCUAUAAUUUGAAACACACUACUGAAUAAACAUUGUGGCCUAAUA